AUGGGAGGUGAUUUUCUCCAGGUACUACCAGUGAUUUCAAGGAGUACAAGGGGACAGACAGUCGAUGCAUGUCUUAGCAGGUCACAUUUGUGGGAAAAUGUACAUGUCUUGCAUCUGAAGAAGAAUAUGCGUGCAGCCGAUGAUGCAUCUUAUUCUGAAUUUUUGAUUCGUGUUGGUGACGGGGAUGAACCUUGCGUUGGUAAUGAGAUGAUAAUGGUUCCGGAAGAGAUGGUCAUACCAUGGGUUAGUGAUGCUUCUUUGUCUCAGCUUAUAGAUGUUACAUUUCCGAACUUGGUGGAAAAUGUCAGAGACAGAGACUACAUGGUCAAUAGGGCAUUGAUCACGCCAUUGAAUGAGUACGUCGAGAAGCUUAAUGACCAAGUACUUAGAAUCUUUCCUGGAAAAGAGGUUCUAUUCUACUCAUUUGAUUCUGUGGACGACGAUACUCACGGUAUUUACCAACAACCUGAACAACAUUGCUCAUGGGGGUUUGCCAUCACACAUUUUAAAAUUGAAUAUCAGUGCGCCUAUUAUGUUGUUGCGGAAUGUUGA